GUAAUCAUGUCAUAAGCAAAUAAUUGUAAUACUGGAGGACAUCUUCCAAGUCCUAGAAAUGUAAAUGCUUCUGCAAAAAUUAACAAUAUAAAGGAAUUGUGUGCCAUCAGCAUGAUUUGAUCUUGUGUCCGAGCUAGUGCUUCGGCUAAGUAAUAUUACACCGGCUUGCUUUUAGGAGCUGGGCAUUGCUGUAACUCACUCCAACAUAGAGGUGGUUUGUGGGUCCGAUGUGGUCUUUGUCGCAGUCAAACCUCACCUGGUUCCGCUAGUUCUCAAGGAGGUCACACAACACGUCACUGGCAGACACAUGAUUGUAUCUGUUGCAGCAGGAGUAACACUAGCAACGUUAGAGGAGCUCCUUCCUGAGAACUCUGUUGCCAUCCGGCUGAUGCCAAAUCUACCGUGUUUAGUUCAGGAAGGUGCUCUCCUGUUUGCUCGAGGAUCACACGCAAAACAGGAGGACGGCGCACUACUUCGCUCCUUGUUGCAUCGCUGUGGUUUGGUGGAGGAGGGACCUGAAGCCUGGAUUGACAUCCAUACUGGGCUGAGCGGGAGCGGAGUAGCCUUUGUGUAUCUUUUUGCUGAAGCUCUGGCAGAAGGAGCUGUUAAAAUGGGCAUGCCAAGUGCUCUAGCCCACAGCAUUGCCUCUCAGACUGUUCUGGGUGCUGGGAGGUUGUUACGUGAUUCCGGGAAGCAUCCAGCUCAACUUCGCUCGGAAGUCUGCACGCCAGGUGGAACAACCAUAUAUGGGCUUCACACACUGGAACAAGGCGGUGUGAGGGCGUCAACCAUGAGUGCUGUGGAGUCCGCCACAGAGAGAGCCAGGGAACUCGGCCGAAAGUCAACAGCAGGGAGCAGAAAGUGAUGGACAAAUUUGCCUUUAAGAACUACUCAUUAGACUUUUAACUUGAUAAAUACCCAACAUGGAAACCUGAACUUUUUUUUUUUUUUCUCUUCUCAUCACACUCAAAAAAAAAAACCCAAGUUAUCCCUUUUUUAAAUCACAUUUUCCCAUCUUCUUUCAGUCUCUGUAAGCUAAAAGUCAACAUUGGCUUAAUCUUAAAAUUGAUUCUGACUAUUUAAUAUUAGACCAUGACUUCUGUUUUUACAUGCACUCAAAUAAUCCUGUCUUAUUGGAUUUGGAUGCAAGUAAGGUACAACCCAAAUUUGAUUGUACCAGUAUUUGUUGAUAUAUUCUAAUAACGAAAUGCUGAAUAAAUCCAACUUGUCACAUUUACUAAAAGUCACGUGAGACUCGAAGGCUGAAGGAGAGGCUAAACAAGUAGAAAAAAAGCUGUUAUGCAGACCAUAUUGUUCAUCAUCACUACAGAAGCCCCUGUUAUGAACAUCUUCAUUGCUGUACUGCCUUACUGCUCUUGAUUGGAUUGUAAUGUAGAGUCAGUGGAUCAUUUUAAUCUUUUAAAUUAUAAUUAUUGUAUUUAAUAUUUGUUUGGAUAAAGCAUACGUCUAAAUUUUAGGAUAAGAGUAAUCACAUUUGUGUGGCUCCAGUACAAUGAUAGUGUCCCAAGUAUAGCUACUGUAUGGUUGUGUAUAACAUGGUGUAUGGAAAAAAAAAUGGUUCUAAUUUAAAAAUAAGUAUCAAUUUUCAUAAAGUGUCAUGUUAUCAGGUUCUGUUCCUUAUUUUUCUGUUAGUUUUGGAGUCUUGAAACCAGCUAUUAGCUGACAGCUCAGACUUAAUUUCUGACCUUCAAUACAAAAGAUAACAAGCCACUGCAACAAUGAGUCAGUUAGCCUAGAAAGAAACAUUAAUAGGCAGCCAUAUGGAUAAAUCAUUUAAGAUAAAUUUGAUAAAUUCUUGUUUUAAUUUGUUUUGGGAAAUUAUACACUGAAUAUUGUUAGAUCCGAAGUCAGUGGUCAGCCAAGAAUCUGACUGACAAUGUAUUACCCUUUGACUGUGGCCUGAUCCACAAAGCAUGUGCUGUGGGUGUAGAAGAGGGUG